UCGGAGGGGCUUGUCUAGCAGCUAGCCGUCCUGGCUAACUCCCUACCCUAUGUCAUGCCUUGAUAUCGGAACGCUAUUUCUACAGGGAUAUCAUUAUCUGGACAAGCAUCUGCAACUUGCAGACAUAUUGAAGGCUUUACAGACUGUAUAAUUUACCCGCAUGUUAAAGUUCCCAUUUACACAGUACGAGAGGGUGGCCACGACCUGCAAUCAGGUCAACGGAAGUAUCUGCAUCUUUUGAAGUUCUCAGCUUUGAUGCAGUACAGCUCGCCUAGUCAAGGAUGACGGAAGAGGUGAUUGUCAUUGCCAAGUUUGACUACAUGGCCCAGCAGGACCAGGAGCUGGACAUCAAGAAGAACGAACGCCUCUGGCUCCUGGACGACUCCAAGUCCUGGUGGCGGGUCCGCAAUGCCACCAACAAGACGGGCUUCGUGCCCUCCAACUACGUGGAGCGCAAGAACAGUGCCCGGAAAGCCUCCAUCGUGAAGAACCUCAAGGACACGCUGGGAAUCGGCAAGGUGAAGAGCAGGAAGGGCGGCAUGCGCGACACGGCGUCCAACGCCGAGGCGGACAUGUACGCGGACAACGGCGAGCGUCUGUACGACCUGAACCUGCCGGCGCUGGUGAAGUUCAGCUACGCGGCAGAGCGCGAGGACGAGCUGUCCCUGGUGAAGGGCACGCGCGUGGUGGUGAUGGAGAAGUGCAGCGACGGCUGGUGGCGCGGGAGCUACAGCGGGAACUCGGGCUGGUUCCCCUCCAACUACGUGACGGAGGACAUGGACGGCACGGCGGCGGGCGCGGGCGGCGCCGCCGACCCGGCCGGCUCGCUGACGGAGAAGCUGGCGGCGGCGGUGGUGAACAGCGGCGCCAACGGCAGCCGCGUGCUGCACGCCGUGCAGGCGCUCUACCCCUUCAGCUCGGUCAACGACGAGGAGCUCAACUUCGACAAGGGCGAGGUGAUGGAGGUGGUGGAGAAGCCGGAGAACGACCCCGAGUGGUGGAAGUGCCGCAAGGCGGACGGGCAGCUCGGCCUGGUGCCCAAGAACUACGUGACCGUGCUGGACGCCGCCGCCCACAACGCGUCGUCGUCAGCGGGGCCGGCGGGGCCGCCCACGCCCGACUGCGACUACAUCUCGCCGUCGGGCAGCGGGCGCUUCGCGGGGAAGGAGUGGUACUACGGCCGCGUGACGCGACACCAGGCCGAGGUGGCCCUCAACCAGCGAGGCAGCGAGGGGGACUUCCUCAUCAGAGACAGCGAGUCGUCGCCGAACGACUUCUCCAUCUCGCUGAAGGCGCAGAGCAAGAACAAGCACUUCAAGGUGCAGCUGAAGGAGAGCCUGUACUGCAUCGGCCAGCGCAAGUUCAGCUCCAUGGAGGAGCUUGUGGAACACUACAAAAAGGCCCCCAUCUUCACCAGCGAGCAGGGGGACAAACUGUAUCUGGUCAAGGCCCUCGCCGCCUCCUGAUCUCGCACACACACACACACGCACACCCAGGCAUACAUACAAACACACACACACACCGUACUACAUUGUUACAUUUCACUAAUGCAUGCAGACACCUUUCCACACAGAAAAGAGGACAUGCAUUCGAACUUGUAAAACCCCAACGACUUUCCGCGUCCUCUGGACUUUUAAUGCUGGGAAUUCUGAGCAUUCCAAGAGACGGGCGCAGAGCACGGGGGAGACGCACGGAGAGACUGGGAGAUGGGGGAGGGGCGGGGAGGGAGGGGGGAGGGAGAUUAUGGACAGAAAAUGGACUCCCUAAACCAAGGUUUGGAUUUUAAGGCCGCUGGUGGUCUUUGGACCGUUCUUAAAGAUCCAGGAUGUAUUUCUAGGGGCUCUCGCCGGUCGCCAACGAAAAUCUCCACCUUUUGUCGUCGACAAGAUCUUAGUUUAUUUUUUUUAUUUUUUUUUAUAAUAUAUAUUCUUUUUAACUGUUUCUUUUAAAAAAAAUGUGAUUUUAACUCUCAACUGUCCCAUUCUCCCAACAAUGAUAAGACUUGAGACCUUUUCCCCUUCAGAUGCUGGAGGCCCGGAGUCUACAUGUUUUUAGUUUAAAAACGUUUCACGUCAUUUUUCAUCUGUUCUUUUGCGUUUUUUUGUGUCCGUCUACAGUGAUUCUUCUUCAUGACAUGCUACGUUGUGGACGCCAUCCCUCCGCAACUUUUUGCUAACUGCUAAUUAUGAAUAAAAUAAUUAAGUGACCAAAGUAUAUUUAUUGAUACAGUCCAAUCAGAAACGCGACCCCCUAAUGAUUGACCUUUUUUGGAUCAAACGAUGACACACUGAUGUGUCGCGAAUGGAAGACACCGGUCCAUGCACAUGAAGCCUCGCCGUCCACCAAGUCCCCCCCUGUGUCUCCCGCCACACGUCGAACCAUUUGUUAUGUAUCGCCACGGCCUGAGCGCCUCUCACGUAUUGCUGGCUCCUUAUCUUUUUGAAUGUUUUUCUACGCUGUCACUGCACAGUACACACUGCUCACCCCCCUCUCCCCUCCCCCCCUCCACCAAACGAAGUCCCCUUUUCAUUUGAAAAGAAAACGGAUCUGAAAGCGUUAAAUGUCCCGAAGCAAGCCAGCGUAGAUCGCGCCGUGGCAACGCGCUGUGGAAAUGACCGACAGAGUGAUUGACAGCCCCGGAGUGGGCUGGAGUGGGGGCGAUUUAUGGAAUAAAGGAUUAGAUUAUUAUAAUUAUUUUAUGGUUCCUCCUUGUUGAGUUUUCAAGAUCUUGUCGCUCUUCUUGGUUCUUCUGCUUCCUGGCAUGAUAGACAACAGACUUUGUCCCAGCCUUCAUCUGUGUCAACCAACCCACACCCAACCACCCAGUAAAGGUGUAAGGGGAGGCCUCUGUGUCCACAGUGAUGUCACUGCUGACCAAUCAGAGCCUUAAGGGGGGCAGGAGGAGGAGGAG